AGUUUUGUGGUUCCGGAGCUCAAGCGAGCAAUGAAAAGAGUGACAAAACAGAAAGUGAACGAACCGUGUUCCAUGAGAGCGUGUGCGAUUGCACACAGUGUUAUGUCUUGACUUGCUUUAUUAUCGAGUCUUGUAAUUUUUACAACUUUCCGCUAGGAAAAUAAAUAAACAAUAAAAGGAGGACGGCUGUGUGAUCCGUGUAUUGUUGAAAAUAGAUAAAGAUUCGAGAUGGCCGGUGCAAUGUUGUUUGAGCGGGCACAAGCUGUAUCGAUGACAAAUCGCAGCGAAGGUAUUUCUCUACUAAAUGAGAUCGUAUCCGAUCCUAAUAUCGGUCUCGCCGAAGAUGACGAAGAAAGCAUUAGGGUCAAGGAGCAGGGUAUAUUACAUCUUGGUGAACUUUAUAAAAAAGAGGGCAAGGCGAAAGAGUUAGCCGAACUUAUUAAAGCAACUAGACCCUUUCUUAGUCUCAUAAGCAAAGCCAAAGCUGCUAAGCUCGUAAGAUCUUUAGUAGACUUCUUCCUGGACUUGGAGGCUGGAAUUGGCAUAGAGGUACAAUUGUGCAAAGAAUGUAUAGAGUGGGCAAAAGAAGAACAUAGGACAUUUUUAAGGCAAUCAUUAGAAGCACGAUUAAUAGCUCUUUAUUUCGAUACUGGCAUGUUCAGUGAAGCUUUGCAAUUAGGUUCUGCUCUUCUGAAAGAACUUAAAAAGUUAGAUGACAAACAAUUGCUUGUCGAGGUUCAAUUAUUAGAGAGCAAAACAUAUCAUGCAUUAAGUAAUUUAGCUAAAGCAAGGGCAGCCCUUACUAGUGCUAGAACUACUGCCAAUGCAAUUUAUUGUCCACCAAAAAUGCAGGCUGCUUUGGAUCUACAAUCUGGAAUUUUACACGCUGCUGAUGAGCGUGAUUUUAAAACUGCCUAUUCGUACUUUUAUGAAGCAUUCGAAGGGUAUGAUAGUGUUGAAAGUCCUAAAGCAUUAACGGCAUUGAAAUACAUGUUAUUGUCCAAGAUUAUGUUGCGUACACCCGAAGAUGUUCAAUCUAUUAUGUCUGGAAAAUUAGCUGUCAAAUAUGCUGGACGUGAUUUGGAUGCUAUGCGUGCUGUUGCUGAAGCCAGCCAUCGACGUUCUUUGGCUGACUUUCAAACAGCGGUUAAACAAUACCGACAAGAAUUAGAGGAUGAUGUAAUUGUGCGUGCUCAUCUAGGUUCUCUUUACGAUGCUAUGUUAGAACAGAAUUUGUGUCGUUUGGUUGAACCUUAUUCUCGUGUACAGGUGAGUCAUAUUUCUUCAUGCAUAUCUUUACCUCUUGCACAAGUAGAAAAGAAGUUGUCGCAGAUGAUAUUGGAUAAAAAAUUGAAAGGGGUCCUUGAUCAAGGAGAAGGAGUUUUAAUUGUAUUCGAAGAUACACCUCGUGACAAAACAUACGAAAUUGCGUUAGAAACAAUACACAGCAUGGGAAAAGUAGUCGACACGCUUUACCAGAAAGCCAAGAAACUUACCUAGCCCUGUUUAACAUAUAUUUAUAUAAGCAAAGUUUAUUAUAAUUAUUCUUAUCAUUAUACUUAGUUUCUGGUCAUAAAAUACAAAUUAAUUGUUUCCUUUACAUCUAACAUAAAGCAGCUGAAGGUAUUGCAAUACAAAUUAUUCAUUUGCCACUUCAUUCUUGCGGAUAUAUUGUAAUUAAUAAUAGUUAAAAAUAUUUUGUAAGUAAUAAAUCUGAAAUGAUUAACUUA